AAAAGUAGCAAAGAAAAAAAAAGACAAAGGUUGUGGCAGGGCAGCAAAUGGCAGUAAGAUGAUGCUCCACCUCCUCCUGCAUUAAGAUACAAAACUAACAACUUCUCGGUGGUGGUGGUGGUGGUGGUGGUGGACCUUAUUAUUUUAAUUACAUAUUGACGUCUGUAUCACUUGUCAUUAACAUAUACAUAUAGAAUCCCCACCUUUUUCCUGUCUGGCUAAAAACAUAAUGUUCACCGCCACCCCCAUUUCCACAUCUUUCUCACCCACCUGCCACACCUCUCAUGCGCGACGGCUGCCGGUGUUCAGAGUCUCGGCGGAGGUUUUCCCGGAGUUUCUGCCCAAAGAAGUUAAUAAAGUGAAAGACCCAUUUGCCAGAAAAUUAGCUUCAAGAAUUCAAAGACUACCUGUGGAGCUUAGUAUCUCAAACGACUGUAUAAUGAGUAGUUGUGUGAAGCCAAUAAUACAAAACACGACCAAUCCGCUUGUUCUACUUCAUGGAUUUGACAGUUCUUGUUUAGAAUGGAGAUACACACUUCCACUUCUUGAGCAGGCUGGCUAUGAGACCUGGGCAAUUGAUAUUCUAGGAUGGGGUUUCUCUGACUUGGAAAAGCUUCCACUAUGUAAUGUAGAAUCCAAGCGUGAUCACCUCUAUCAGUUCUGGAAAUCCUACAUUGGAAGGCCUAUGUUGCUAGUCGGACCAAGUCUUGGAGCAGCGGUUGCCAUUGACUUUGCUACCUAUCAUCCAGAAGCUGUUGAUAAGUUGAUCUUGAUUGAUGCAAGUGUUUAUGCAGAAGGCACAGGAAGCCUAUCUAGGUUACCAAAAUUUGUAGCUUAUGCUGGUGUAUCUUUGUUAAAGAGCCUCCCGUUGCGUAUUUUUGCUACUAACCUGACGUUUACAUCUCUCCCAUUCAGUACAUGCUUAGAUUGGACUCGAAUCGGACGAUUACAUUGUCUUUUACCUUGGUGGGAGGAAGCAACGGUCGAUUUUAUGAAUAGCGGGGGAUACAACGUCACUGCCCAGAUUUAUAAGGUUAUGAAGAAAACGCUCAUAAUAUGGGGAGAAGAUGAUCAAAUAAUUGACAGCAAACUUGCAGUGCAAUUACAUUGUGAACUUCCGAAUGCCAUAAUUCGCCAAAUACCAAAAUGCGGUCAUAUCCCACAUGUUGAAAAACCAGAUGCCGUGACAAAGUUGAUCAAAGAUUUCAUUGAGACACGCACUCCUCCAUUGUUGUUGAAGCAGGAAGAGAAGGCAUUGGUCGGUCAACUUGACUAGUAUUUUCGCGUUUAAGCUGAAGCUUUUCAUAGCAUGCUAGAUAUGCUUCGUUCUGAUCUUGUUGAAGCAAUAGAUAUUAAUUUGGGAUCCUGUAAAUAAGAGAAUCUGUGUUGUGUUUUAAUCAUUUUUCAGAUCCUUAAAGUUGUGGUAAAUCAUUCAACCCUACCUUUAAUUGCUAGCAAAUACUUGUAGA